AUGGAUCACCUGACUGCGCUCUUCCAGGAGAUGUGGCGUCAAGGUAAAGUCCCGCAAGAUUUCAAGGACGCAACUAUCGUGCACCUACACAAGCGAAAAGGGAAUCGCCAAGUCUGCGACAAUCACCGUGGCAUCUCCCUGCUGAACAUCGCCGGGAAGAUCUUCGCUCGCAUCCUUCUCAACCGCCUCAAUAACCAUCUGGAACAGGACCUUCUGCCAGAAAGCCAGUGCGGCUUCCGUCGUCAUCGGGGGACCACGGAUAUGAUCUUCGCCGCCCGUCAACUUCAGGAGAAGUGUCAGGAGAUGCGGACCCACCUGUACUCUACCUUCGUGGACCUGACGAAAGCCUUCGACACGGUGAAUCGUGAAGGACUGUGGAAGAUCAUGCAGAAAUUCGGCUGUCCGGAGCUAUUUACUCAGAUGGUGCGUCAGCUGCACGACGGUAUGAUGGCUCGAGUCACGGAAAACGGAGCUGUCUCAGAGGCAUUCGCAGUGACUAACGGAGUGAAACAGGAAUGCGUGCUGGCACCAACCCUCUUCAGUCUUAUGUUCUCUGCCAUGCUGAUGGACGCCUACCGCGACGAACGUCCCGGGAUUCGCAUCGUCUACAGGACGGACGGUCACCUGCUGAAUCAACGACUGAUGCAGUUCCAAUCACGCGUAUCCACAACAACCGUUCACGAACUCCUCUUCGCCGACGACUGUGCCCUGAACACCACCUCAGAAGAGGAGAUGCAACGGAGCAUGGACCUGUUCUCCGCCGCCUGCGAAAACUUCGGUCUGGUCAUUAACACGCAGAAGACGGUGGUGAUGCACCAACCGCCACCCAACUCAGCCACAGCCGUCAACGCGUCGCCGCAAAUCAGCGUGAAUGGGACCCUACUGCAAAUGAUGGAGAACUUCCCGUACCUGGACAGUCCUCUCUCCCGCACCACCAAGAUUGAUGACGAAGUCGCCAACAGGAUCUCGAAAGCCAGUCAAGCCUUCGGUCGUCUCCAAAGCACAGUUUGGAAUCGUCACGGUCUUCAACUGAACACGAAGCUGAAGAUGUACAAGGCCGUUAUCCUGCCGACGCUACUGUACGGAGCAGAGACCUGGACGGUGUACACGAGGCAGGCACGCCGUUUGAACCACUUCCACCUCAGUUGUCUUCGUCGUAUCCUGCGGCUGAACUGGCAGGAUCGCAUCCCCGACACUGAUGUGCUGGAACGAACGGGAAUGCUCAGCAUCUACUCCAUGUUGAGACAAAUGCAGCGGCGCUGGAGCGGCCACCUGGUGCGCAUGGACGACGAGCGACUACCCAAACGACUCUCCUACGGAGACGUCGAGACGAGUUCUCGUCGUCAAGGAGGCCCAAUUCGUCGAUACAAGGAUACCCUGAAGUCCUCCCUGAAGCUACUGCAAAUCAAUCCGACCAACUGGGAAGAGCUCGCCUGCGAUCGUCCGGCAUGGAGGAGAACAGUGAAGACGGGCGCUGCGAUCCACGAAGCCAACCGCAUCGCCGCCGCCAAAGUGAAACGCGAAGCCCGCAAAUCACAACUGCGCCCAGUCAGCAACGCUGCCGCACAACUGCUUCCAACGUGUCCUCGAUGUAAGCGGACAUGCCGGGCUCGAAUCGGCCUUGUUGGACAUCUUCGGAUCAACUGUACCUCUCGAACUGCACCAAGCUUCAUCCCCCCGCCCGCGUCAUCCUCGUCCUCUCUGCCGCCGAAUAACUCUGUGAAUUCUUCUGCACCAACACUUCCAUCCUCCUCCUCCUCCUCCUCCUCCUCCUCCUCCUCCACCUCCACCACCACUGCCCCAACGGCGGCCGCUCAGGCAGCCGUCUCGCACAUCUCCGACCGCGACACAACAACCGGCACCACCCCCGCCUCUCCUGACUCCAGAAAUGAGAAUCAGGACUACACCUGUCCUCACUGCGACCGCACCUUCACCUCACACAUCGGCCUGGUCGGUCAGUUGCGAAUCAAUCACACAGAGACCGGAGAACCAGUGCCUGGAGCACCAACCUACACCCACCAAGCUCGUCUCAACUGUCCACACUGCCCUCGCACUUUCAGGCACCGCAUGGGCCUAUUCGGCCACAUGCGCAUCCACGACGACCUGCGGUAG